UGAUCAAUACGCGAUAUCAGCCAUGAUGUUGUCAUUGUCAAGGCGAUGGGUUGUCAAUGCUCCCAAAACCACUUUCAUAGCUCCCAAGAUACUCAAUCGCUCUCUUCAUCUUGCUCCCCCAUUCCUCCUUGACGACUAUGUUCCGCGAUAUAUGACACUCAGUUCCCGCGACGCAGCCAAGAAGCGUUCUUUGGCGUAUGCUCACCUUCGCAAUUGUAAUCUAUGUCCGAGAGAAUGUGGCGUAAACAGGUACGAGAAGACAGGAAUGUGCCUCAUCGGAGAGAAGGCGAAAGUCAAUACAAUCGCUCCCCACUUUGGUGAAGAACCCUGCAUUCAGGGGCACAAUGGUAGUGGUUCCGUCUUCAUGAGCGGGUGUAACAUGCGGUGCAUCUUCUGUCAGAAUUACGAUAUCGCACAUCAGCGAAACGGGAUGGACUUGACCCCUGAGGAAUUAGGUGACUGGUACAUCAAGCUGCAGGAGGUUGGCAAAGUACACAAUAUCAAUAUUGUUACGCCUGAGCAUGUUGUCCCGCAGGUGGCGUUGAGUAUCCUCCAUGCCAGGGACCAAGGCCUGACAGUUCCUAUCGUUUACAACACAUCAAGCUUUGACUCUCUUGCAUCCCUGCAGCUGAUGGAUGGAUUGGUCGAUAUCUACCUUGCUGACUUUAAGGUGUGGAAGCCAAGCACCUCUAAAAGGCUAUUGAAGGCCGAUGAUUACGCUGCAACAGCCAGAGAGAGCAUCAAGGUGAUGCACGCUCAGGUCGGUGACCUGUGCUUCACAGGAGAUGGGAUAGCAAAAAAGGGUUUGCUGAUUCGCCAUCUUGUUAUGCCAGGCAAAGAGGACGAAGGAGCCGAAAUCAUGGAGUUCCUCGCAAAUGAGGUCUCUACAGAUUGCUUCAUUAACAUCAUGGAGCAGUACCAUCCAGACGCUCAUGUCGGCAAACCAAAGCGAGCAAAGUCAGAUGGCAAAGAAGAAAAGCAGGAGGUCCGAUACGCAGACAUCAACCGAGCAGUCAAUGCUCAAGAGAUCUCCUCAAUCAGGAAAGCCGCAGAAGAGGCUGGGCUAUGGCGGUUCAAUGACCCACCGGGCCACGAUGGGUUUGCUAUCUGAUGAGAAGCAAGUCGCCUCUCAUUUGACUGUUGGGUUGCACUGCAAAUGAAUCAAACCUUGCUAUGAGGCUGCCAAUGCAAGCCAACAACGGGGACUAACAACGCCACCUCCUGGUUCAAACAAGCAAUUGGCUUGGCCACCUUAUUCAAUUGCAUGGAGCAAGGCAA